UUGGGUUAAUAGUGACCUGAGUAUAAAUAGAGCUACUUACGUUUUUACUUUACACUUUUUAGAGCAUUUUGGGUUAAAAGUGACCACUGUUUUUUGCUUAUACUAUGUGAUCUUCCUCUUUCUCUAUAAGAAUGUCACGUUUUCGAAAAUUACUAAAAUUAGUUUAGUUGUAACGCUCAAGCUCACUUUCACUAUUCCAAUCACCAUGAUUUUUGAACCACCAUAAAUCUCAAUCUCAUUCUCAGUGGCAAAGGUUGGCAUAUGUGAACUCUAGUAAAAGAAGAGAACAGGGCCACAAUAGAAUACAACCCUAGGAAACUUGAGCUUCAUAUCCAAUGUCAGCCGUUAUACCUCCGCCACUACCGGAUGUCAUCAUCCCAAGCCUCCCAAACGAUCUGGCAUUGAACAUUCUAGCCCGCGUACCAAGACAGUACCACUUGGUCCUCUCAGCUGUAUCCAAAUCCAUCAGAUUAGCCCUUUCAUCGCCUCAGCUAUACACAACAAGAUCUAUCCUCAACCUCACCGAAAACUUGCUCUAUUUGAAGGUCUCCUCCAUGUCCCUAGGUACUGAGAACUGGUUUGCCAUCUAUCGAAAGCCAAUCGUCUCAGCCGACCCCAUUUGCAAUGGCCUUCUUCGGUUUGCCCGACUCCCACCGAACCCACAUAAAUUGGAGGGCUCUGUUGAAGCUGUUGUGGGCCACAAUAUCUACGUCAUUGGUGGAAACAACUCUAAUGACUACAAUGUUGUCAUCCCUUCGUCCGACGUGUGGAUACUUGACUGCCGCUCUCACACAUGGGAGCAAGGCCCAAGCAUUGGAAUACCACGCAUGCAUGCUUCUGUAGCCGUAGUAGACGAGAAGAUUUAUGUGAUUGGAGGGUGGACGGAGGAAUCAUGGGUAGAAGUGUUUGAUCCCGUGAUAGGACAUUGGGAGCACAUUCCAAGUCCACUUGAUGGAAUACGCGCGAUUUCUGCAACAGUAGAAGUUGUGAACGGUAUAAUCUUAGUCAAGUUUGGUGAGGCAGAGUUUCGACUCAACCCGAAGACCAAGAUGUGGGAGGUCUCUAAACAUAAUCAGCCAUAUUAUGUAAAUGGUGGAACGGAUUGCAAGGUUGAUGGGAUUGCUUAUCGCUCUCGUGGUAAUAGAGGGAGAAUCGAAUGGUAUGAUGAUAGUGAGAGGAGAUGGAAAGAGGUCAGAGGUGUGAUGGAAGCAAUGCCCCAAUACGUGUGUUCUACCGAAUUGGUCAAUUUGAAAGAGAGGUUGUUUUUUAUGUGGGGAGAUGUGAGUUACGAGAGUUCUUCUACAGAUGGAGUUGUCAAGUUAUGUGGUGGGGAAAUCGAAGUGAGUAGAAGAAAUGAAGGAGAUGGUGUAGACUUAUGGGGUGAGGUUCAUAAGGUUACUUUGCUUCCAGAAAGUACUUUUGGUAUUUCUGAAGAAAGCUUUGAACUUAUGCUAUUUGUUUUCUUUAGUGAUUCAUUUUCUGUUUGUUUGUGAAGACUCAUUACAAGCUUUGAACUAGCUAGCUUGCUAGCAAGUCUAUUUGGUUAUUAUUAGUUUUUCCUUUAUUUUUAGGUGUUGAAGAAUUGACCAUUUUGGCUCAACUUUUCUAUGGAUGCUUAAUGUCUUAAUGUGACCCUUUUAGAUUAAUUAAGCUGGUUUUAUUAUUGUUCUUGUAAGAAAGUAUAUAUUAAUGGUGUAAGGAAGUUAAGUUUGAUUAA